UGCCUCAUACUGAGCUUCUCCACAGAUGGGUGUGGCCUUUUGCCCCUUCACCCUUUACCCCUGGAGACACAGUCCUGAUGCUGUCGCACAUUUCAGUGAUGUCACAGCUCCCCUGCCUGGCAGCUCCAGCACCAUCCUAUGUUACUCAGCCGAGCGCUGCAGUGCGAGGAGCAGGGUGCAGGCAGCACUGGUCCAGUCUUGCUCCUACAGCCCCAGCAUGAGUCCAUCUACAAAGAAGAGGCCGAGGGAUAAAGUGCCUUCUAAGAUGCAAGAUGAGAAACUGCAGGACAAGAUAACCCAGCAUGUGAGCAAAGUGAUUGAGCGGAAUCGACUUAAAAUGGUAUUAAAAAACUUGUCCCUCUUGAAGCUAUUCAAGAGCUCAAAUAGCCGGAUCCAAGAACUCCAUAAGCUGGCCAGAAGGUGCUGGAAUUCAAUGCUCAGAGUUCCAAAGAUCCUGCAAAUCUCUUCUAGGGACAAGGACAAAGUGAAACAAAAUAAUAUAAAAUUCCAAGAGAUUAGGGUCCUUGAAAUGAGACCAAAUUCUAAGAAGGCAGAGUCCGUAAAGGAACCCAAGCAAAAAACAUCCAAAAAGUGGAAGCCCAAGCAAGGAUCUAAGGGGUCACCUGCAGCCGUGACAUGGAGAAAAAAGCAGGAAACAUUUAAAAUCUCCAAGGUAAUAAAGAGUGGUGGCUUGCAAGCCAGGGCCCAGAAGAGGAAGACCUACGUUAAGAAGCCCCGAGUUGUCUUCUUAAAGACCUACCAUCACAGCACUACCAUGGGGAAGAUGAAGGCACUGGAUAUAACUGACCAGUUGGUCUGGUUUGAGGGGCUUCCCACACGCAUACACAUCCCAGGGCGCCGGAUCAUGUGUAGAUCGUCUACCUACCGGUGCCUCAAGCGCUCCUGCACCCGUUUCUGCUGUGCAUCACUCUGAGCUGCCUACGUACCAUCCACACUAGAUCUGCGUUACAUGUGGGAUCUCAUGAAAUUCACACAAUAAUCUAAAGAAGUGAGUACAAUCUGCCCUCCACAGUCCUGAGCCCUGCAUACAUAUAUGGAUUUAUCCAGCUGUAGAUGGGAAAUACUUGAUAAAGAUGUCCCUCCACACUGAGUAUGUAGGCUUUCCUUGUACCCUGAACAAUACUGCAUGCCCACCCCACCACCACCAUACUGCACCACCUGAAACAUGAAAGAAUGUAUAUAGUUAACAUGGAAACACUCCAGUACUGUCUUUUGCAGGGGUUGGGGUUAGAGUGUGAGAUACAAUCGCACUCCAGCCAAGCUGGCCUCGACUCAGUCACCCCAUGCAGCUUCCUAGUCCUCCAGACGGCAGGUCCCACUGAGUAGGACGUGCCAGGACACACGGCCCCUCGCCUGUCACAACAGUUUCCCUUAGCUCUUGUCACUCUCCUACAAGCCGUGAUGUUUGCUCUCUGACUGCCCUUGGGUCAGAAGAAGGAAGUCACCCCAAAGCCACAGAGGAGAGCCCCAGAAACUCAGCUUCCAGGAGAGCCUUUAUGAGUCAUGAUUCCUUCAGGACUUAGGAGGACCUGGGGCCUUCCCUCAAACCCCUCCCUCCAAGAUGUCUGCCAGUGCAUUCUGACUUCCAUGUAGUCGAUCAAAACGGGGCUGCCUAGAAGAGGAGGUAGGUUUCCUCUGAGCCAUACUCCACCCCACCUCACCUGUCUUUUGGGGUUAACUGUUUUGAGCGGCAAGUGCACAAGUCUCCACAUGUCUCUUGAAUUCAGGUGUUAGGCAGAGUGAAGGGAGAGGCAGGGCCAAGACUUCAGGUCUCCAGAGGAGGUAUGUUCAUUCACCAGGAAGCUGGAGGUAGGUUUGUUUUAGACUGCAGCCUUCAUCCUCUGGAAAGACACACAUGGCAUGCGUUCCUCUGUCACUUGAUAAGCUGUGGUCCUUAUGCACCGCCUACCCAUUUUUCAUGAAGAGGUUGUUAUGCUUGUAAAACUCUGUUCAACCUAAUCUAGAGCUAUACAGUGAGGUCUGAAGGCCUGACUAUAAGGUUAUAGACUGCUGGACCAAUCAGAACUUACACAUCCUAAUCUCCGCCCUCUGUGCAAGAGUGCAUUGUCACCUCCAGAGCCCAAAUCCCGAGGCUGACAAGCUCCAGUUUCCUUAUCUGUAAGAUACGGAUGAUGGGACUUCCAACUGAAGUUGUCACAUGAGAAGAGGCAAGUCCCUGGCCCACUACUAGACAGACACCUGUUAAGCACCCCGUGGAUGCAUUUAUAUUAAGAUGAUAUGCUGUCACUGCUACUGAAGCCUGGAACUCAUCUCUCUAAACCAUUCGCACUGUUGCUUCAGAAACUGCACACAGAUCUCGCAUGCGUUUCAUGCAUAUGGUGUCUGUACAGGUUGAGUGUGGGCAUGCACACGUGCGGGGCCCAGAGCAGGAUAUGGAAUUUCCCCCCCCUCACUCUCUGCCUACUAUCCUGAGACAGGGUAUCCUGAACUGGAAACUUGUUACUUCAGAUAGGCGGGAUGGCCAGUUAGCUAUGGAGAUAGACCUGUCUCCCUGUCCUCUGGGGAAGGUUAUGUAAUCUUUAAUCAACUGUUACUCAGCUCAGUCAUCAUAUUAAUUGGAAUAAAAAGAAAUUUUAAAAAAUCCA